CGGUUAAGAGGCACGUGUGAUGGUUGGAAGGGGAAGGGAAAGGGAAGAGGGUUAGGGUUACCCUCCAUUCCAAUUCCAUUUCCCUACACGCAGGAUCCAUCCAAUUUUGAAGCCCUCAUAAUUUUUUUAAUCAAUUAUCAAUGUAUGGAGUGUUUUGAUACCUGGAAGAGAUCAUGUUGCAGUGCCUAAAGCAUUUGUGUGGUGCUGUAAUAAAUUGUUGCGAUUCUGAUUCGUUAAAUCAACCUAGAGGUUUAGAAAAUCCAGAACUUCUUGCAAGAGAGACUGUGUUUAGUGUAAGUGAGAUUGAAGCACUUUAUGAACUCUUCAAGAAGAUCAGCAGUGCGGUGAUUGACGAUGGGCUAAUUAAUAAGGAAGAAUUUCAGUUGGCACUGUUCAAGUCAAACAAGAAGGAGAGCUUAUUUGCAGACAGGGUGUUUGACUUGUUUGAUACAAAGCACAAUGGGAUACUUGAUUUUGAAGAGUUUGCACGUGCUCUGUCUGUUUUUCAUCCCAACGCAACAAUUGAUGAUAAGAUUGAGUUUUCUUUCCAAUUGUAUGAUCUCAAACAGCAAGGUUUUAUUGAAAGACAGGAGGUAAAACAAAUGGUGGUGGCUACUCUAGCUGAGUCUGGUAUGAAUCUUUCAGAUGACGUGAUCGAAAGUAUUAUUGACAAGACAUUUGAGGAAGCUGAUACAAAACAUGAUGGGAAAAUUGACAAGGAAGAAUGGCGAAACCUUGUCUUGCGGCAUCCAUCCCUUCUGAAAAACAUGACUCUUCAGUAUUUAAAAGAUAUAACCACCACAUUUCCUAGUUUUGUUUUUCACUCGCAAGUUGAUGAUACUUGAGGCAGCUACAUCAUCCAUUUCACUUUUAUUGGUCUUGAAUAUCAAUGGUUCAUGUUUCGCUUGUGAAUACUGGGAUUUUGUUUGAAGGAUGCAGUUCAGGAUGGAUAUAGACCUUGUUUAUAUUUUGCUGAGUAGAACUUUGUUUCUUGUUUGGGAUCAUUGAGGUUUGUAGAUUGGAAAAAUGGGUUUGCUUAUUGAUUUCCUUCAAUUGAGAAUAAAAGGGAAACCAUAUAGAAUAUUUAAGUGUUUCAGGCUUUCAGCAUUAGCAACUUGGAUAUGUUGGUGAUAAAAAUAUUUGUUACAAGUCUAGUGCAAUGGCUUGGGCAUGCUGUGAAGGUGUUUUUGAACCCAUGCCUAGAACCAAAAUUGCACUUGUAUUUUCUUUGGCUCUUAUAAUUGUCACUAUAUUUCCUUCCUAGA